AUGGCGCCCACAGAAGCUCCCCCCGCGCCGCUCAGCGGCAACAAGCGCAGGAUCGCAGUCAUGACCUCUGGUGGUGAUGCUCCCGGCAUGAAUGGCGCUGUUCGUGCCAUUGUCCGCAUGGCUAUACAUUACGAUUGCGAAGCCUAUGCUGUCUACGAGGGCUACGAUGGACUCGUACAAGGCGGUGACAUGAUCAAGGAAAUGAAGUGGGAGGAUGUCCGUGGCUUCCUGGGCGAAGGCGGAACCCUCAUCGGCACCGCUCGCUGCAUGUCCUUCUACGAACGACCUGGUCGUCUAACGGCGGCGAAGAACAUGAUACUCAAGGGCAUUGAUGCGCUCAUCAUCUGCGGCGGUGACGGUUCAUUGACGGGUGCCGAUAAGUUCAGAGCAGAGUGGCCGAGCCUGCUCGAGGAAUUGGUCAACACCAACCAGCUCACUGCCCAGGACUGCCAGCCAUUCCAACAUCUCAACAUCGUCGGUCUUGUUGGAUCGAUCGAUAACGAUCUCAGCAUGACUGAUGCCACCAUUGGAUGCUACUCUUCCCUCGCACGUAUUUGCGAGGCUAUUGACUCGGUGGACACCACCGCAACCUCCCACCAGAGGGCUUUCGUCAUUGAAGUUAUGGGCCGACAUUGUGGUUGGUUGGCGUUGAUGGCUGGUGUCAGCACCGGUGCUGAUUACAUCUUCAUUCCCGAGAACCCACCAAGCGAAAAUUGGCAGGAUGAGAUGUGCGAAGUCGUCAAGAGGCACCGUGCCAAGGGAAAGCGUAAGACAAUCGUCAUCGUCGCCGAGGGUGCCCAUGACCAGAACUUGACCAAGAUCUCACCCACAAUGGUCAAGGACCUCCUUUCACAAAAGGCUGGACUCGACACAAGGGUCACAACAUUGGGCCAUGUGCAGCGAGGUGGAACUCCCUGUGCCUAUGACCGUAUGCUUGCCACCCUUCAAGGUGUUGAGGCCGUCAAGGCCGUUUUGGAGGCAACCCCUGAGACUCCCUCUCCUGUCAUCUGCAUGGUCGAGAACAAGAUCGAACGACGACCAUUACUCGAAGCAGUCGCUCAGACGAAGAAGGUCGCCGAAGCUAUCGAAGCAAAGGACUUCCAAACCGCUAUGAAGCUCCGCGAUGCGGAAUUCGCCGAGUACUACCGAUCAUACCAGAUUACCACAAUGUCCAAUCAGCCUGAGCUGAUGCUUCCCAAGGAGAAGAGAAUGCGCAUUGGUAUUAUUCACGUCGGUGCUCCGGCAGGUGGCAUGAACGCUGCCACUCGCGCAGCUGUUGCGUACUGUUUGGCCCGCGGCCACACACCAUUGGCUCUACACAACGGUUUCCCCGGUCUCAUCCGGCAUCACUCUGACGAACCAGUGGGCGCUGUACGGGAGAUCAGCUGGCUCGACGCCGAAAGCUGGGCAAGCAAGGGCGGUAGUGAGAUCGGAACCAACCGUGGCCUUCCAAGUGAGGACCUUGAGACGGUCAGCUACGUUUUCAAGAAGUACGACAUCCAGGGACUAUUUGUUGUUGGAGGAUUCGAAGCAUUCACUGCUGUAUCUGAGCUCCGCAAGGGCCGCGCACACUACAAGUCUUUCAAGAUCCCGAUGGUCAUCAUACCAGCCACGCUCUCGAAUAACGUACCAGGAACCGAAUACUCUAUCGGUAGUGACACCUGUCUCAAUGCUCUGAUUGAGUACUGCGACGCUUGCCGACAGUCUGCCUCCGCAUCUCGACGACGAGUCUUCGUCAUCGAGACUCAAGGUGGCGAGAGCGGUUAUAUCGCUACCGUCGCGGGUCUCAGCAUUGGUGCUGUUGCAGUCUACACGCCAGAGGAUGGCAUCAACAUCAAAAUGCUCGAUCACGACAUUGAUUACCUCCGUGAGGUAUUCAUCAAGGACAAGGGACAGAACCGCGCAGGAAAGAUCAUCCUUGUCAAUGAGAAAGCAAGCAAAGUCUACUCUGUACAGCACAUUGCGGAAAUGAUUGCAGAGUCAGGCAAGGGCAAGUUCGAGUCCCGUCAUGGUGUGCCAGGCCAUUUCCAACAAGGAACUACACCUUCUCCGAUGGACCGAGUCCGUGCAGUUCGAUUCGGCGUACGUGCUCUGCGCCAUCUCGAAUCUUACGCCGGCGUCUCUCAUCAAGACAUUGAUGAAGAUCCGGAGUCGGCCGUCGUCAUCGGUAUUAGGGGUGCGAAGGUCAUGUUCUCGCCCAUGGAACAGGUCGAGCGGAAGGAGACGGACUUCAAGCGCCGACGACCUCGUGAUGAGUUCUGGAUGAACUUGAAGAAAGUUGUGAACAUCCUUUCAGGACGUCCCGAUCCCCCACAGCUUCCCGAUAUCAAGACCCUCUCGGGCCACCAGCAUGACGAAUCAACAUGCACUCUUCCCGCGUGA